CUCUUCUUCUCUCCCGCUGCUAGCGUUUGCUCACUCUUCCCUGGCGUGUUGAAAUUUAUUUUCCAUCGAAGUUCGGUAAUCGCGCUUCCUUAAUCACACAAACGAAUUGACCCUUCACCGUUCUCGCACAGAUGAAGGUGAAAAAGCAGAAGAGGCAUAGGAAGAUUUUGACGUUUUACACUGCUUGCUUUGGUUUUCGGAAGCCAUUCAAGGUUUUAUGUGAUGGAACAUUUGUGAAUCACCUUCUUGUGAAUCGAAUAACCCCCGCUGACACGGCUCUUGGCAAUAUCCUCAGUGCCACUGUUAAGCUCUACACGACUAGAUGUGUUCAAGCUGAGUUGAAACGACUUGGUAGCUUGUAUUCCGAGGCUCUUGAGGCAGCUCAUAAACUUAUAGUUGCAAGAUGUGAGCAUGAUAAAUGUGUGAGUGCUGAUUCUUGCAUCAUGGAGGUUGUAGGAGAAAAAAAUUCUGAGCAUUUUUUUAUUGCUAGUCAGGACACUGACCUGCGGAAAAAGUUGCAAGAGGUGCCUGGUGUGCCUCUCAUAUAUGGUCUCAGAAAUGCUCUUUUCCUUGAACCUCCAUCUGCAUUUCAGCGGCAAUAUGUCAAAACUUCUGAAGAAGGACGAUUGCAUAUGACUGUCAAAGAGUACCAGAUAUUUAAGGAUAGGGUGAUGAAUAGAUUGGCUGGUGAGCAAGCUGACAAUUCCAAUACUGAAAUACUGGAAAAUGUGGAUUCAGAAGAUCAGACCAUAAAUGUGAAGGCAGUAAAAAAGAAUAUUACUACAAGGAAUCGGAUGGAAAUCAAGGAUAAACCUCAGUUCAAGAGAAAAAGAGCCAAGGGUCCAAACCCACUUUCGUGCAAGAAGAAGAAAAGUGAAAACCAAAAUAUUGGUCCUUUGAAGGAAACAAAAGGAGACAACGCAGCGAAGAGAAGUAGGAAAAGGAAGAGGUCACAUAAACCGAAAAUACCAACAGAAACAGGCAGUUAGGUCCUUUUAUAUAAAUAUAUUUACACAAUUUCAAAAUAUUUAUUUUUAGAAGAGCCCCUUGAUUUUACUGCUUCUGACGGGGAACAGAGUAAAGCUAAUUUUGAUCGAUGCUGAAAGAGUAUCUAGAUUAGUUGCAUGUUGAAUUUUA